GUGUGCUUGAGUACUUGGCGACAAACAUGCAGAGUGCAGAAGAAGAAGAAGAUGACGACGCCGCCAAAUCGAUGAGGCGAACGUCGCGACGUUAAUGGCGUCGACUGCGACGCACGUCUGCUCCUGCUGCUGCUACUGCUGUAGCUGCUGGAAGUGUCGACGACCGGACGGAAUGGCUCUACGUUCGACAACGAACGACGAUGCGACGCCAAUAACAACAGCAGCAACAACAACAACAAAAACAGGGGAAUUUAAGGGGGAAUUUAAGACGAGCAAUUGAACAGAGUUGUCAAACGGUCGUACACACUCUUUAAGCAGCAGCAGCAAACGUUUGCAGCAUGUUUGACAACGUCCAUAGGCUUGCAGUCCAUCAUGUUGCACUCAAGCAAAAGAGGCCUGGCAUUAAGUUGCAUGCGUGUGUGAAGCGUCUCUGUGUGCUGAGAGCGUCAAACAUGAACAUGUUUGAUUCUGAUUCUGUCCCUCCCUCUCUCUCUCUCUCUCUCGAACGCUCUCUCUGCUAGGCUUAGUACGUUACUGGCUGUGUGAUUGCAAUGACCGCCAUACCGCAAACGGAUCGCUGGCAAGACUUCUUCGAUACAUAUCGGCAAUUACCAGCGCUAUGGCGAGUAUCGGACGAGCAGUACAAAAAUCAGAAGCAGAGAAAGGCAGCAUAUGAGAAGUUGCUGCAGUGCUAUAAGAAAAUCGAUGGGAAAGCCAAUAUGGACACCAUGCGGCGUAAGAUCAAUGGGAUUCGAACUUGCUUCAGGCGCGAACUGCGUAAAGUGGAGUACAACGAGGAAAUGAACAAGGUGUAUGUGCCACAUUUGUGGUACUUCAAUGAACUGACAUUCCUGUGUGACGAAGUAGGCAAAGCAACUGGGACGGAAAUCACGGAUGGCAUCUGGGAUAAGCCGGAUGAGUCGAUGAAUGAAUUUAAAGACGAUGAGGACAUGGAUCACUGGUCCGAGUCGGAAACUAAAGUUUUCGAUCACGUGCUACCGACGUCCAGUGGAUCGCCUGUAGAACCAGCACAAUUAGAACAGACAUCGCCUGCGGAACAGCUGCAGCCGCUGCGUAUGUGCAGCGUCAGCCACUGCUCAAGAGACGAGGCUGCCAUCUAUGCCGAGGGCUGGGCCACAUCCUAUCGCAAGUUGGACGAGAAGAACAAGCUGCUGGCCAAAAAGGCCAUCGAGGAGAUUUUGGUGCUGGGGCAACUAAACAAACUCGAGUUCAAUUCGGUGAAGAUGCCCAAUUGAAAUAGACUUUGAAAUGAUUUUGCAGAUAAUAUAAUUGAUCAAUAAAUAUGAUUUUACAGAA